CCCACGCUGGUUACUCUGCCUUAUGUCACUACCUCUGUUGAUGGCCUAUAGUGGCCCUCUUUCAUAACAUUAGUUCUCAGAGGUCUGAGCAAAUAUGUCCAUCCAAAGGCUACCAGAAGAUGCUGUCAGGCGACUACGAUCAGGUGUGGUCAUUGGGUCUAUGGCACAAUGCGUAGUCGAACUGGUUCACAAUGCCCUUGACGGUGCGGCAACUGUGGUGGAAGUCCUCGUUGACCCAACGGCAGCGUCCCUUCAAGUAACAGAUAAUGGCCUGGGGAUCAAUCCUGAAGGGUUUAAGUUGAUUGGGCAGCGCUAUGUCACAUCGAAGGCUGGAAAUGAGGAUGGAGAUCGCACUUACGGCUUUCGAGGAGAAGCGUUGGCAAGUAUAGCAGAGAUAUCCCGACUGGAAAUCGUUAGCAGGAGCAAUUACCUACAAACCUAUUCUUUAACCUUGAAGGUACCUAUUUUACGCCAACAAAUGUGUGAAGAGGACGAGGCAUUUUGACGAAUGAACACCUAGGGAGGAAGUCAGAUAUAUUUUGGGCCUGCUUCGGUUGGACGAAGGCGGGGAACUACGGUUAUCGUCAGAGACAUGUUCUACAAGUACCCUGUUCGCCGAAAAAGGCUGCUGGAGGAAAAUUCUAUCGAAGGAAUCAAGCGGGCUUUGGAACGGAUUGCCCUGGCACGUCCUUACCUGACUCUCACAUUAAUUGAUCAAAGCAAGGAUGUGAAACUGCUCGCUACCCACAAGGCAAACUGCGCUAUAUCCAUUUUCAGACAGCUUUUUGGGAUAUCCGUCUCACAGGAUUUAAUAUCCAUUAACAAAAGCAGACAUGGAUACGUUCUAGAUGGUUUCAUUUCUUUGAAAGGUUUCCCCUCCAAGUAUCAUCAGUACCUUUAUAUCAACGAGCAUUUCAUGGCGCCAAACCCUUUACAUAAGCUCAUCAACAGCACUAUAGCAAAAAGCAGCUUUGGUAUGCAGGAAGAGGAUGAAUCGGUCUGCUUGGCCCUAGACAAAACCUCGCCCACAAAAAAGAAGUACAGCACGAAAACAGUGGAAAAGUACCCAAUUUUCUUCUUGAAGCUGAAAUGUCCACCAAACACCUGCGACCUCCUUUUAGAUCCCGGGAAGAGCAUUGUGGAGUUUCAGGAAUGGGACACAGUUCUAACUUUGGUCGAGGAUGCCGUGACCGAAUUCUUGAUAGAACAUAAUUUUCUUAACGAUGCUGCUGAAGGGACGUCAGUGAUGGGUCAGACAUCUGAUAUGGAGUCGGACGAGUCAUCAAGUGAAAUGUGCUCGCCAAACGUGGAAAGGAUCAACAGAACACUCGCGUUUGAGCAUGCUUUACCUAUCAAAAGCGCCAACGCAUUUUCAUUAGAAGAGCUACAAAGCACCUCCGUGUCGCUAAAUACUCCACGUCCGGUGUUCGAAGGGGAACAAUUUGAAGACAAUUCAGUGGGAGGGGAGUUCAGCGUCUGGAGCAACCCAACCACGCAAGGAAAAUACUGGAUCGAUAGAAGAACUGGCAACUCAUACCGUUCUUUACCUGGCCAGAACGCAAAAGGCCCCUCUAUGCAGAGCGAGAACAAUCGCGUUGACAAACGAAGUUUGCGAGUGCGGCGUCUCAACAGUACGGCAAACAGUACAUUAAACAAUUUACGGAUGGAUGAUUCACUUCGAAAAUGGAAUAAUCCUGUUUUCAAACGCACGGAAAGGCAACUACCCUCGUUCACUCUCCCUAGUGAGAGCCACGCACGCUCGUUUGCUCAGAAGGCAAACCAAACGUUUAACGGACUGCCCACAGAAGAAAUUGUGGAAAACAUCAGCAAGGGUAGUUUAGACCAACUCCGGGUCAUAGCGCAGGUGGACAACAAAUUUAUCGCCGGGAAGCUGGCCCAGGCCUCAUCAGAUACCGAUCUUUUGGUGAUUAUUGACCAGCACGCCGCGGAUGAGCGGGUGCGUUUGGAGGCUUUGCUUGCAGAGUUACAUCAAGCGGGGGGAUCGGACGAUAAUGUUGGGAAUGAUAAUGGUGAUGAAGGAGAAUGUAUCGUUGAUGUCAUGAAGCUGGAUCCACCUUGUCGGACUACUAUGCAAGCGCGAGAAGCACAAGCUGCCCUUCGCCAUCACUCUCGAUACAAACGAUGGGGCAUCUUCUUCUCAUGUCCUGAUCUCGAGGGUGGCGCCAACAAACGUGAACAGGCGCUGGCGAAACCUGAUGCAACUGUUCGUAUUGAAGUUGAUCGCCUACCACGGUUGAUUGCGGAUCGGUGUGUCGUUGAUCCUGGUGUGGUCAGGGACUUGAUAAGACAGCAUUUGUAUUGGCUUGAAGAAGGAGCGGAACGUGGAGGAUUGGGAAGCAAGUGCCCGAGAGGUAUCUUGGAAAUAUUAAAUUCCAAGGCUUGCAGAUCGGCCAUCAUGUUUGGGGAUCCAUUGACAAAAGCGGACUGCACGAAGCUGAUCAACAAACUCAUCAAAUGCAAGUUCCCUUUCCAGUGUGCUCACGGCCGGCCAACAAUGGUUCCCAUUGCACAUAUUGGGAAAGUGAUGCGGACAAUUAGGCGUUCAAAGAACGGGAUCGGGAUGAAUAAGCGAAGCAUAAGAUGGGAUGCCUGGAGAAAACGCACUGGAUAGCCCUGUACGCAACAUAAAACCAGCGGCAGAACCAUGGUUGUGGGGAUAAGUUCCCGUGCGUACACCAUCCAGAUGGACCUGUUUAUCAACGUAUGACGCAUGUCUACUACAAGUUUCAGUAACGUUUGCUCCGUGGACACCUUUACCCAUGGCAUGUUGGGAGAGUAAGAGAAACAUGACCAUGUAUCUGAAAGACUGACAAUCUCCUCAAUGGGCUCCUGCCUGCGAAACUACUCAUUGCCCGAUUCCUGCACGUACAAAGUAAAUUAUAGAAGCAAGUUUUACUUGUUCACAAACAUAACCACCCUGUGUAUAUAGUUCACAAUUACUAUUCAUAAAGGA